UAUGUAUUGCAUUAUGAUUGUAUAUGUAUCAUUAUUUUGUGUAGAGACAUACGAAAUUAUUACAUUAUGAAUAUAACUACUGACGAGUGUGUUAUGUGAGAGAGCAUUACGUAUGACUAUCUGUAACAAACUGAAACUCCGAACGAAUACAUGGAACGUGCUGUCUCUUUGCAUAUUCCGGUCACCGAUUUUCGGAUGAGUUGUGUCCAGAUUUUUAUUGUAUAACAGACGUAAAUCAUAAUAGCGUUUUUUCUGAGAGAAACCUCUUUCUCUAGAAGACAUCUAUGGCCAAAGUAUAUGCGUGCGGUAGUAGCAUUUGGCGUUCAAUGUGACGAGGACUCUCACGUAUAAACAGAAACAGAACAAAAGAAACAAACAGAGACUUCGAGACAUUAGUAACAAGUCACGUCUGUUGUAUACCAGAGAUUAAUUUUCAAGGAGCUAAGUCGGUCUCGACAUUAUUCCUUUUCUCUGACUACAAGUAAUUUUGGGUCAAGCGAUCCCCAUCGAACAACUUAUUUUAUAUAUCCGUGUCUUUAUUGCUGGAAAAGAAGCAGAAGAAUGAGCGAGGAAAAUAGGCGAGAAACAUCUGAAGAAGAUAUUCUUUUUUCUUACGAUGUGCUUUGUCCACUAUUACGAAGUCCGGGAGAAAUGUCAAAUAAUAAUAAUUUAACAUGGAACGUAUUGGAAAAAGGCAAUAACCCAUCACCAAGAUAUGAAAUUUCGAUGCCAUGUAUAAGCAGCGGACAGAAUGAUUUCAACUUUAUAAGGGGACAUACACAUAGAGUGCUGAAGGUGUUGAGCGAAGCUGAUUACCAUAUCUCUAUUCUGACUGAUUUAACAUUUUCUCUGAGAUACUCGAACGACUUUCCUGUAGAAGAUUCUGAUGAAGAUUCUAAUGAAGAUGUAGAUACUGCUAACAUUUUUAAGAUUUUAGAGCUUACUGUCAAAACAUACGGUGUACUUUACACUCUGAAAGAGAUGAAAAAAAUGAUACAAAAGAACUCAUGCAAGGGCGUAAUAGCAAUCUCAACGGGAAGUUUCGCUUUUAUUCUAUGCUACUUUGGAAACAAGUAUAAAGUACCGGUGACAGUAGUUAUGCCAACAUCAGUGGACGUUGAAAAAGUCAAGUUGUGUAAAGGUUUAAAUUUUGCAACAGUACACGUUAAGGGUAACGAUAUGGUAGAAGCUCACAGAUUUGCUCUGCAUAUAGCUCAAACGGAAGGACUAGCUUAUAUCGACGGAAACGAUCAUCCAUACAUGAUCAUUGGCCAAGCCAUAUUGGGUUUGGAUAUUGCAUCGAAUGGUUAUGGACUGAAUUAUGAUGUGGCUCUGUUACCAACAAAUGUUGCUAAUUGCGGACUAACAGCGGGUAUUGCAUACGCUAUUAAAGGAUCGGAGCCACACCAAGUUAUCGAGGUCCGAACUAGAAUUCCUGAUCCUUUAACCGAAAUGAUUAGAGAAGAAACGCUUGCGAAAUCUGAAUUAGAAAUUCCCGUGAACGAAUAUAACGUGUGUACAAGCUUAGAGAACGGUUGCUUUGAUAAGAUUAUUGAGGUAGAUGAUGGGUUGGUUCCUAUUGCCGUCGAGAUAUUGCGAGAAACAGAUGAUAUUGACAACUAUUAUUUAGCAAUUGGUGUAGCUGGGAUUUUGAGUGGACAACUAGAAGAACUAAAGGGAAAACGCAUACUAAUACUUGAUUAUGGCGAUGUAGACUCGAUUGAGGAUCUUACGACAAAUGACGCGAAUCGGGUAUUGCAGUUUAACUCUUCGGAUUCUGAUACAGUUUCAACGACUGAGUAAAUGGAAUAUUCUUCGGAAUCACUUGAAGAGGCAAAGAUGCACUAUUUAUCCUCGAAUACUUAAAAAUAAAAUCUAUAUAGGCGUUUAAUCGUUCGGGCAUAGAGUCGCUCGAAGCGUUCGUAUCCCUAAAGAUUCGCUCAUAUAAUUGGAUCGCGAUCGAAAAUAUAAUCUCAUUCACAAAAUUCUUGACGGACGUGAUUCGUCUAAUCCGAUAGAAAGAACAGAAGAGAUGCACGAAAUAAUAAAUCAUUGGACUCGACGAUUCUCGUGUCGCGGGGCAACUGAUCGGUCUAUGAAGGUACAUGGAACGUAUUGGAGUUCUGGUCCUUGUGUCCACAUGCACCUUCAUUUUUCGUGCCACAACUACAGGUAAAUUCAACUACGCUCCUGAGACGUCCGCGUUGCAACUGUGAUCGAUUGGACAUUGUCAGAUUCCUGUAAAUCGAUAAUACGGGAUACGGGAAGGAAAGAAUCCUAGGAAUCUCGUUACUUAUGAUGUGUUCAAUGUUGAAUGUGGUGAUAGUGACAAACGCAAGUAGCGCGAGAUCUAUGUUAUUGAGUAUAUAUAAAUGUUAUAAUGUUUUUGCUAAAAAUAAGAGAACAGCAAUAUUGUAUUUAGAUAGGUAUAUUUAAUAACUUUAUGAGUAACUUAUUGUCAGACCUUACACCAAUUUAGUGCGAAAUUGCACAACAGAUAUGGGCAUGUGUUAGAUCUUUUCAAAAGUUGAUGCAGACGGGACUGAACGAGUUAGAGCGAAAGAGGAUCAGCCGUCUACGUCAAGUUCAAGGUCCUACGCGUCUCGUAUUUUCAACUUUGAAUUAAAUGUAAUGGAUACCACAAUGUUUCAACACUCGCGACAGAUUUUUAACUACCAUAACAUUCCUAUUUUAAUCCACCAAUUCAGUAAGCGUAAUUGAAAUUCUCCCGAAUAAAUGAAAGUCGAUAAUAAUGCUAAUAUGAUUAUGAAAGAUUAGGAUACAGUUUUUUGUUAAUCGGAAUGUAUUUUGAAAUCUAUUCGAGAAAUUUGAAACCAAUUAGGAAGUAUUGUAAAAUUUAUUUUAGUUUUCGUAAUAUAAUUUUCCAAUUAUCGUCUCUACAUUAUCAUAGAAAAUUAGGUAUACAAAAAUAUAUUUUAGAAUUUUAACUGUCGCAUCAGCUUCGAACAAGAAUAAUGUAUAAUUACCACGGAGGU